UUUUUACAGGGAUUUGUUAGUUUUCCAAUUUAUAAAAAAAUGCGACUUUUCGCUAGUAUGCGUUCUUUUGCUUGCGCAAGUUUUCUUUGUGCUAGAUACAAAAGUCUUAGUUUUGUUAAUUUACAACAACAAAAUGAGGAACAGGCUGUAAAGUUGUCUCGAAAGAUUGUUUCAAAUGUCGAUAAAAGUGGCCUGAGUCUUCGUUUAUAUCAAUAUCAGACAUGCCCGUAUUGUUGUAAGGUCCGUGCUGUUCUUGACUACUUUGGAUUUUCUUAUGAGGUUGUGGAAGUGAACCCUGUGACUCGUUCGCAAAUUAACUUUACUGAUUAUAAAAAGGUUUGUUUUUGA